AUGCAGGCAAUGUCGAUUCGUCAUCCACCAAAACCGCUAGUCAAGAACUGCGCUCUCGUAUGUUGCAGUGGCUUCGUGCGUAAGGAGGGCCUCAUCGACAUCUCGGAGCCCAACCUGAAGACUGCUAUACCCCCAGUCGUAUCGAAAUGCACAUUUAGAGGCUACCCUAAGAUCGAUUACGCUGUGCUCGACCAAGCCCUUCGACUUCUCUCAAACUUGAUCGAGCAAAGCUUACCGAUGUAUCACACUAUCUUCUUUGGCCAAACCAGACUCCUGCGCCAAACUCCAGAGAGAAGGGACUACGAGUUCAUCAACGAGGUUCAGAUGCUAAGUGAGAAGCAGAAAGACCAGACCAGACGCCGGCUCGAGGAGAUGUUGGACCCGGUCGCAGUUGGUUGGCAUGUCAGAGCGUACGACAUCUACCGUCUAUCGCAGCAAGAAUUCUGGGACACGGAUGUCAAGAAGCUCGGCAUCAGGGCUCUGCACCCCAAGCUUCGGACUGGCUACAGAUAUUCCACCCCAAGUGGCGGCAAGUUUCAUCCCCAUAAGUGCUCGCUGCUCGAAGACCGCCGUAUCGAUGGGCGAGACACGAAGGUCGAAGUCUUCGACCUGCGUGGCGUGCCUGACGGUUAUUCUCUUAGUGCUUGGGGCCUCAUCGAGGAGGCACAAUCAGAGGAGUUCGCCCACGUGCCCCGAAAGUUCAAGGUCGAGGAGGUGGACGAGCGACCGGCACCGCACACUGCACCUCAGCAGACGUCAAACAGGCCGAUGGCACCUAUGCAGACUGCACCACGUCAGCCGGAUGGGUAUACGGGAGCGCCUCGGCAGGUGCCAGGCUCGACGGCGGCAGCACUGGGAGGUGAUUAUGUGACGGAGCUCACUCGAAUCAUCGCGGCCCGUGCUGCAGAAUAUCCUCAGAACUCCGACCCUCAGCCUGUGGACUCUGAGCCGGCUGGCUUCAUGGACGCGCAGUUCGAUGCUAUGUUUGACAUCACGGCACCGCUGGCCGCACCUGCUGCUCCGCCUUCGGCUGGUGUCAAUGUUGCGAGGGUGGAAGAAGACGAAGAUGCCAUCGACAUAGACAUGUUUGGACUGCAGUAG